AUGAGCAAUGAGGAAGUGACUUACACAUCUCUGAGAUUUCUUCAGUCUUCUUCAGAGUCACAGAAUAGAUUAAGGCCUGAUGGCACUCAAAGGCCUGGGAAAACUGAAGACAAAGUGUUUUCAGUGCCCUGGCAUCUCAUUGCAAUAACUCUUGGGAUCCUCUGCUUACUUCUGUUGAUGACAGUUGCAGUGUUAGUGAUGAAGAUUUUUCAGUAUAAAGAAAAACGUCAACAGGAAAUUCUAGGAAACGGUAGUCAAAAGUACCACAUUAUGCAAAAUGACAUCUACUUAAAGGAGCAACUUUUGAUAAAUAAAACUUUAGAAUAUGACAUUCUCAAAAAUGAAACCCUUCAGCAGAAAAAGGAACUGGAGUCAUUCUCUAUAGGAAAGAAGAGAUGUGAUAGAAAAAAAGAGAACUUAUCAAAAUGUUUGCAAAAUGCAGUCGAACUCUGUGAUCAGUGGUCCUGUUGUGGUGUAAACUGUUAUUAUUUUACUGUGGAAGAAAAAGACUGGAAUGGAUGUAAACAGACUUGUCAACGUUACGGAUCAUCCCUUUUGACUAUAGAUGACGAGGAUGAAAAGGCCUUCAUUCAACCCCAGACUAAUAAAAAUAAUUACUGGAUUGGAUUAUCAUAUGAUAAAGGGGAAAGUAAAUGGAAGUGGAUUGACGUGGGCACAUCUGGAAUAAAUUUAACAAUAAUGAGUUGGCAUUCUGGGAGUGGACAAUGUGCAUUUUUAACCUCCACAAGAAUAGAAAUGACUGAUUGCUCCAAAAUCUACAAUUGUAUCUGUGAAAAGAGAAUUGAUUGUAUUUUUCCUGCUUCUAUGCACACUGAUUAA